CUAUCAAAUACAGUCAUCCGUUGAAGGUGAAGAUCACAUUUUUCGAUCAAUAGUAAAUGCAAGGUCUGCAUGUCUGCGGUUUUAUCUGGACAGAAGUUACUUAUUUCCUAUUGAAACAAGGGAAACACGCGAGUCUGAUAUAACAUACUCCUAUAUAGGAUAUAUCUUAGGGUGAGGGAAUAUAGUUUGUUCAGAAGUUCGAAAGGUUUGAAAGCGGAAUGGUUGCGUUAAACGGGAAAUGGAAGCUUGUGUACACGGAUAAGGUCGGGGAAUACAGCGAUGCAAUAGGUACGAAACCCGAACACAAAGAACAAGCGCUUCGGCUGCUGACACCAGAAAACGACAUCUUCCAGGAGAUUAGCAUUUCCGGUGACAGCGUGGAUAUCAAGGUCACGGUUCCCGGCAAAGUCUUCGAAAUAAGGACGAAACUUGGUGAGACGUCAAAUGUACCGUUCCUGGAUGGCCGACAAUUAAAGAGCAUUUUUGUACUAGAGGGCGACAAACUAGUGGAAAGGCAGUCAGGGGCAUUCAUCUCAACCAACACCCGUUACAUUGAUGGAAUUCAUCUGGUUCUAGAGAUGGUGGCGGAAGAUGGCACUAAAUCAACGAGAAAAUAUGUUAAAACGCACUAAUGAAAUGGUGGUUUAGUCCUUCAUUGUAUACUGUUCAAUUAUAUGAAAGUACUUAUAUAGUACUUAUCAAAGAUUGAAAAACCAUUAAAAAAAUGUUUAAAAGAAUACAGAUAAUAUAGUGAAGUAUUGUUAGACUGUUUGGUUGUGUGAUUUUUAAAAAAAAGUACAGGUAGGUAUGCCAACAAUAUUCAAGCUAUGUAAUUAUGAGAUAAAACAAUUUCUAUCAAAUUCCAUUAAAUUUCGCUUGAUUUGAUAAUGAAGCUGCUGUGUUUCUCUCGAUAGAUGGUGAUUUCUGCGUAUAUAGAUAUAAAAUGUAUAUUAUACUUAUAUAAAGCCUUUGUUACAACAUACAUUUGUAGUAGAACUGUAUCAUGUAACCAAAAAAUUACAUUAUUUCUGACAUUUACAAGUGUACAAAACUGAAUAAAUUGGUUUCUAUUACUGUCA